CUGGCGGCGGAGAUGACGCAGUGAGGCUGCUAGAGCUAGAGGAGUUCUUGUUAUUAUUAUUGUUUUUGUUUCGUUUCCUCCUCUAGCCCCGCCCCUCGUCUCCCGCUGCCCACAGGCUCCUGGACCGCGUUGUCUCCGGGAUGUGCCUGUGUCCAACAUGGAAAACAAGCGAGUGGAGGUUCCCGACGGGGUCCUGGACGACCUGUGCAGCCGAUUUAUCUUACACAUUCCCAGUGAGGAAAGAGACAACGCCAUCAGAGUAUGCUUCCAGAUUGAACUGGCCCACUGGUUUUACUUGGACUUCUGCAUGCAGAACUUUCCAGGCCUGCCUCAGUGUGGGAUAAGAGACUUUGCUAAAGCAGUUUUCCAGCAUUGCCCGUUUUUACUUCCCAAUGGUGAAGAUGUACAAAGGGUCUUGGAUGAGUGGAAGGAAUAUAAGAUGGGAGUACCCACCUAUGGUGCCAUUAUUCUGGAUGAGACACUUGAAAAUGUGCUACUUGUUCAAGGUUAUUUAGCAAAGUCUGGCUGGGGUUUCCCAAAAGGGAAAGUGAAUAAAGAAGAAGCUCCUCACGACUGUGCUGCAAGAGAGGUCCUUGAAGAGACGGGCUUUGACAUUAAAGAUCGUAUGUGCAAUAAUGAUUACAUUGAGCUAAGGAUCAAUGACCAGUUAGCUCGCCUUUAUAUCAUUCCGGGUGUCUCAAAGGACACAAAAUUUAAUCCAAAAACAAGAAGAGAAAUCAGAAACAUUGAGUGGUUUCCAAUUGAAAAACUGCCCUGCCAUAAAAAUGAUAUGACCCCCAAAUCCAAGCUAGGUCUGGCUCCAAACAAGUUUUUCAUGGUCAUACCUUUUAUUAAACCAUUGCGGGAUUGGCUAAAGAGGAGGCUGGGUGACUCCUCAGAUAGUGAUAAUGGGUUACCCUCUGCUGGAAGUACACCAUCAAAGCCUAAUGUAGAGAAAUCCAAACCCAGAAUGCGCUGUAUGCCUCAGUUUUCUGAGCUUUCUCCAGGAGAACAAUGGACAAAGCCUAAGAAUCAAAACCUUAAGAGUAACGGUAAGAAACAUCAAGAUUCUCCAAUCCAAAUCCAGAAGAAGAAAGUGAAUGGGAUCCACAAUGCACAAGCUAAGCAGCAGCAGAACAGUGUUCUGAAAUCAGAGCGAAAGCUUAACCCCAGGAGGCUAAAUGACAAUUUUGAUGUGGACUCUGUAUUUGAUGUUAGCAUCCCCUCUGAAGGACAGCAGUAUGAUCAAGAUGGUGAUGACACUUGCAAUGGGACUCUAGAAUACCCCCUUUCUUCCAAAGCCUUCCUGGGAUUCCGGUUUGACAGGGAUGCCAUCAUGAAAUCCUUGGAUUUCUGACCCACCAGCAGCUGCACAAGGUCCAUGAGUGCUGCACUGUAGCAGCCAAGAGCGGGUUAUAACCAAGCCUUACCUUCCUCAGGUUUUUUUCAAGGAUGUGCAGGGAUCUACUGGGGGUUAAGAGAAGGUCUGUCCUAUGAACAGGACCUCACUCUAUGUAAUUGUGAGUAUCUGGUGAAGGGGGUAUCUUUCCUUCUUGCACUGUUUUUGCAAUAUCAGUUUUUUACACACAAGUACCUUUUCAGUGUUCAACUCUCCUGUCAUACAUAUUCAGUGGGCAUUGCCUAAAUGUAGUUUGUCCUAACAAACUCUUCUCAGUCUACAACUCCCUGAGAUAGAUGUGACCCUUGGUUUACUAUAUAGCUCUUACUUGGUGUAGCUUGAAUGUAAUAUGAAUGUGUUGUCAAUGGUGACUUCAGCAUUGCUGCACACCACUUGUUGUGGGGGUGUCUGUAUUUUUGUUGCCUUGUAUAAAAUGCACUGCACAUUACCUGACAUUAACCUCUGAAGUGAGCUCAUAAUAUUCAGGGUAUAACUGUCUGUUCCUAUGAAUGCAGAAUGUUAGCAGUUACCUCUUCUGUAGCAUGUCCAUAGUGACUGUAAGCAUACUGGGAGGAUAGAAUGGAUAUUUCUUUAGCUUACAGCUGUUUAGAAGCGUCACUCUAAUGGGACUAGACACAAACUCUCCUUAGACAUCUACCUUAUUUCCCUUUUUCUGCUGCUCCUUCAUACAUAGGACAGCCUGAGAUGUACACAACCUUUUCUGAGGAAUGAAUGUAUUCAUUAGGGGAUCACAUGCUUGUUGUCUGCAUUUAUUUUGUGUAAUGCAUCCCGCUAUCCUGGCUGACUGCAAGCAAUUGCUUUUCCCUCCACCUUUCUGUGAAAUAGUUUCCAAAAAUGUUCAGGCUGUAUUCUAUAUGUUGGGAUUGUUCCCUUAUGUAUGCCACUCUAUGGCAAUACUGUGGCACACUUUGGCGUAUGCAUUUGAAGUUUUUCUGCUGCAUAGACUGAGCGGUUUCACUUGAACACAGUGUAAACUUGGCCUAAAUGCCACAUAAUACCUACUUUGUUAGAUCGGGGGGCACAAUCAGAAGUAACAUAUUGGAGUGGCAGGACCACUUUUUAUUGUGAUCGUUGGCAGGUAAUGACAGCUGACUUUAAUGUAUUCAUUGUCCUUUACCAGGGACACACAAGACGGUUCUGCACUGACUAUGCGUGAGGGAAGUUCUUAGAACCGCAGUAAAUAUGAUCAUGUCUUUUGAGGCUCACUGGGAGUGCAGCACUAUAUACUAACUUGUAUUCAGACAGGUUAUUACGUUUACUUUCAGAAAACAAUUUAAUAUGUAGCACAGUUCUAUAGUGAGUAAUUUUAGACUUCAAAAAGAAUAUUGGGGAGAUGAUGUUUUCUUAUUUGCAAGUCUACAUAUGGUGCCUAAGAUAAGUGAUAUAUGCAGAAGUAAAUCAGAUGUGAUAGAAGUUUGGCCAAUAUGGACAUGUCCCACUCCCUAGUUCAUAGUGCACAAUUUUCAAUGGACUCUAAUAUAAUAAAGUAUGAGAUUAUCCUAGAAAAAUGACCAUGUAAGAGCUAAGGUUAAUUCCUGGUGGAGUGAAAGGAGGUUCCUAGGGACAGAGGACAUAAUGCACCCCUCUCGCCCCAAUGUUGUGAUUAUUUAUAUAAAUGCACAGAACAAAUACUACAAGUUUGGUGUUUACUCAUCUUCGGUGUCAUGUUUUAUUGGCUUCUAAACAUUUCUUUUAAUAUACAGUCUCUAGGUGGUAAAAUGUCCCCUUGUUAUAGUAACAAAAUUUCAGCUUUUCUGGUUUCUCUGUGUAAAUGAUUUUGUUUUUAUUCUGGCUACUGACCUAUACUUAGAGCUAUGUAUAUAUGGAAUCAUGUACUGACUCCUAGAAUAUAAUGCUCAGCUACACAACUGUAUGUGUGAAGAUUGGCAAACAGGCAUAUUUUGUCCUAUUAAAAUGACACUAAACCGUAUAUUUUCUCCAUAUGUUUUGCAUGGUAGGAAAGUCAGUUGGUAUUACAAUGUGUUAAAGGGGUAUUCCGGGAUCUAACAUUUGGAUAAGGGAUUUGAUGUCUGAUCGCGGGGGGCCUGCCGCUGGGACCCCCUGCGAUCUCGCUGCAGCAACCGCAAACUGGAGACGCAGCUCCGCAUACAAUGUGGGUGCUGCAGCGAGAUCACGGGGCCCCCCACCAUCAGACACCUUAUCUAUCCUUUGGAUAGGGGAUUAAAUGUUAGAUGCCGGAAUACCUCUUUAAUGCAUUUCUUAGAAUGUCAAGAACAAGUAUCUAUUAAGAUCAAACAGCAAUACUCUUUUCUAAUGGUCAAUAAUGCAAUGGAAGAGAUGAUCUGUAUGUGGGCAUUUGGGAAAGGUUCCUAUAUAAGACCGCCGCCUCUUUCAGGGAAAUUGCCCCUCUACUAGGGUGACCUCUAAGGGACAGAUAUUAGUUUAUACAUAUCCUCACAUACUAGUAAUUGUUUCACGUUCGCACUUGAUUGAUGUAAGGAAAUCUCUUCCUGAAAAGUUUUAGUUUGUCUAUUUAAAUGUACAUAAUAUUUGAAGGGAGCCUGUUCCUUGGAAAACCUCAUGAAUUAGGAGGCAAUGAGCAUAACUCAUGUAACUGCACCCUAAUACUGAGACAUUAUGUAUCACAUAAAAUACCUCUUUCUUUACC